UAUUUUUAUAAAAGAUUUUGGUUGAAAGUUGAAACCCAAAAUAAACAGAAAAAUUUACAGAAUGUAGCUAACGCACAAAGAAAUGUUUUAUUUUUUAAUCUAAAAAAAUGGAAAGAAGUAAUUCAAAUUCAUGUAGGUCAAGCUGGUGUUCAAUUGGGAAAUGCAUGUUGGGAAUUGUAUUGCAUUGAACAUGGCAUAAGACCUGACGGAAUAUUAGAAAACAGAGAUGAUGAUAGCUGGGAAUCGUUUUUCAGUCAUACCGGAGCUGGAAAAGUGGUUCCUAGAGUCGUUAUGAUAGAUUUAGAGACAACUCCAAUAGAUGAAAUAAGAACCGGCACAUAUAGGCAACUGUUUCGUCCAUCCUCUUUAUUGACUGGUAAAGAAGAUGCAGCCAGCAACUUUGCUCGUGGUUAUUUCGGUAUUGGGCGAGAAAUGAUUGAUUUAACCUUGAACCAUAUAAGAUUGGCGGCCGAAGACUGCAACAGUUUGCAAGGCUUUAUAAUAUUUCGAGCUUUCGGAGGUGGAACUGGAUCAGGAUUUACCGCCCUUUUGCUGGAUGGUCUAUCAAGGGAUUAUGGAAAGCUUUCAAAAGUUGAGUACGCCAUUUAUCCUGCGCCAAAAAUUUCACCUAUAAUAGUUGAACCGUAUAACGCUGUAAUGACUACACAUGCUUGUAUGGAUACAGCAGAUGUUUGCUUUAUAUUUGACAAUGAAGCUUUGUAUAAUAUAUUAGCAAGAUUACUUGAUGUGCCGCGACCAACAUAUACAAAUUUGAAUAGGCUUAUUGCUCAGGUAGUAUCUUGUAUGACGGCAUCGUUGAGAUUCGAAGGUUCCUUGAAUGUUGAGCUGGUAGAGUUUAGAACGAAUUUAAUUCCGUAUCCAAGGAUCCAUUUUCCAUUAGUCACUUUUGCUCCAUUCGUUUCUCCCUCUAAGUGUUUUUACAAGACCAUGACCACGCAUCAGUUGAUGAUGUCCUGUUUUGAGCCAUCUAACCAAAUGAUAAAGUGCGAUCCUAGGAAUGGAAAUUACAUGGCGUGUUGUUUGCUGUUUAGAGGAGAUAUUAAUCCCAAUGAUAUUAAUUCGGCUAUAAAUCAUAUAAAAAGUGCACGGUCUGUUCAUUUUGUGCCUUGGUCUCCAACUGGAUUUAAGAUAGGUGUAAAUUAUCAGCCUCCUGCCACAGUACCGGGUGGUGAUUUAGCAGCGUUGCAAAGAGCAGUAGUUAUGGUCUCCAACUCUUCGGCAGUCCGCAUUGCUUGGGAACGCAUUUGCAAAAAAUUUUCUUUAAUGUACGCGAAACGAGCAUUCGUACAUCACUUCGUAGGAGAAGGCCUUGAAGAAGAAGAAUUCAAAAACGCUAUACACAACAUAAAAGCAUUAUCUAACGAUUACAGAGAAAUGGAAACAUGAAAUGUCAAAAUAUGAAAUUUUAAAUGAGUUUGAAAUAAACAAAUGUUUAUGUACCCUUAUCAACAAUAUAUAUGUACAGAUGAUAUAUAAAAACAUA